GAAGGCGCCUGACCGGAAGUGCUUCAAAUGUAAAGACGUGGCUCUGUUUUAUCAAGAUGGCGAGGAGCAUAGAUAAUGAUACAGUCUGAGUUUCGCAGUCGUCUGUAUAUCGUGUAUUUCAGUGAAGAUGUCUAAAGUCCUCAUGAUCCGGGCUUUUGUGAACCAGAGACUGACCGCAGCUGCAGAGGAGAUAUCCGGCCUGUUCGAGAGGACGAUCUCGGAGUACGAGGAGCAGCUGAGUCGGUCCAAAGAGGAGAACAAGAGGCAGCGGGGGUUACUAGAAGCUGUUUUCAGCCCCCAGUUUCACCUGAACAGAUCAGGUUUGUUCAUUUUCAAGCUUCUCUGUAAAUUUACAUUCUCUUCACAUCAGCCGCUAAAUGGGAGGGCGGCUGUAUUCCAAACUUUACGGUACUUUGACAGCGCUAGUUUUCCGUCUCUGACUCUUGCUGCAAAACCCAGUUACCUUUUGAUUAGUUUUAGGUAGAUUCCUUUAACACAUAAUCAGUCAUUAAAUAAUAAUAUUAAUAAAUAACGUUUUUAUUUUUAUCUAUAUUUUUAUUUUUACUUAUUUUAUCUAUUUAUCUCUUUAUUUUUAUUUACUUUUUUUAUCUAUUUAUCCCUUUAUAUACUUAUUUUUUCUAUUAUUUAUCUCCUCUGUCUAAUUUAUUUGCCCUGGAGUUACUGUGACAAAAAGCCGUUUCCCCUGGGUAUUAUUUAAGUAUUUAUGAUUCUGAUUGUGGUACAAAUAUUUUCAUAAAAUAACUGACUGUUUUGAUCCACUUUAUCAGCACAAAGUGACAGUUUCUCAUUUCAUGUUUGUUGUCGUAUUUUAGUGUGUCCUCCAAACAACCAGCAGCUGUUGGGGAGAAAAGAGCAGCUCCCCUCUGAGCGAGAGGAGUGGAGCUCCAGUCAGAACCAGGCGGGCCCACCAGAACCCCAACAAGUCAAAGAGGAACAAGAGGAACAGUUGAGCAGUCAGACAGGUGAGCAGCUUUCAGGACCAGAGGAGGCUGAUAUCGACAGUUUCCAUGUCAUUGUGAAAAGUGAGGAUGAAGAGGAAGAACCUUAUACCUCACAGCUGUAUCAAACACAAAAUGAGACGAUAGAAUCAGGAGCUGAUUUAGGUACUGAAUCUGGUACUGAUUUACAGCCAGAGAUUGAGGUCAAGACUGAAGAUCAUUCAGAACCAGAGACUGAAGACAGUUCUGAUUGGAGAGGGAGAAAAGAACAUCAGUUAGGUUUAUUCUCUGUGGAAAGGAUUCAGGAUAACAGACCAGUAAUGUACAAGAAACUACACAGCUGCUCUUGGUGUGGGAAAACAUUCCAGAGGAAACAGGUGCUUACCCAACACAUGCGGAUUCACACGGGAGAGAAACCAUUCAGCUGCUCUGUGUGUGGUCAAACAUUCAUCCAGAAAGGACAUCUAAACCAUCACAUGAGAAUUCACACAGGAGAGAAACCCUUCAGCUGCUCUGACUGUGGCAAAAGUUUCAUUCAGAAAGGCCAUCUAAACCAUCACAUGAGAAUUCACAGUGGGGAGAAACCAUUCUGCUGCUCCUUGUGCGGUCGAGGAUUCAUUCAGAAAGUGGAUCUGAAUCGACACAUGACUAUCCACACGGGAGAGAAACCCUUCAACUGCUCCAUGUGCGAGAAGAGGUUUAACAAGAACGGAGAUCUGAUCCAACACAUGAGGACGCACACGGGAGAGAAACCCUUCAGCUGCCCCAAGUGCGGGAAAAGAUUUCGACAGAAAGGGCAUUUCUCCAGACACAUGAAAAUUCACACAGCAGAGAAACCCUUCAGCUGCUCCGACUGUGAGAAAAGCUUCAUGAGUAAACUCGAUCUGAGGUCCCACAUGGUCCAGCACGGUGGAGAGAAACCCUACAGCUGCAGCGAUUGUGGUCAGAGGUUCUGUUGGUACAAACAGCUGAAGAAACACAAGUGUGUCGGCAGUCAGGCUUCAACUUCGUUACAGCCAAUCAGUGACGAGGACUGGGAGGAGACCAGUGAGCAUCAGCCAGGUCUAAACUCUGAGGAUCUAUCAAACCUUAACAGGGACAUGAGACACGAGGAGAGCAAUGAGAAUCAGCCAGGCCAAAACUCUGAGAAUUUAUCAGAUUUUUCCAUGGACAUGAGACGUGAAGAAACCAGGGAACCUCAUCCAGGUGUGUUUUCUGAGAUUUUAUCAAACCUCACCAGAGAUAUGAGAUAUGAAGGAGGGUGGGACGGCCCGCUCAGCAACCCUGUGACCAACCCAUUCAGCUAGUGUUAUCAUCAGACACAUGAGAGAAACCAUGUAGUUAUAAUUCUGUAACAGUUGGAAGAAAGGUCAGUAUUAGUGAUAAAGUUUCACAAAUUUUCACAAUAUGGAUUGGACCAGCAGCAGGACAAACUGUCAGUCAAAGCAGAAACAGUUCAGGACUUCAUGUUGUCUGGUUUAACUCUGCCUGGAAAGAAGCAUCCUGAUUCUUACCCAUGUUUAUCUAAAACUCCAACGAGCUGGAACCGUUGUUUUAUUUUGGAUCAUGGUGUCAGACCAAUGCAGCUCAAAAAAUAAACCACCACAAACACCCGCACACACACCUGAGCACUGAUUGGUUUGUGCAAUAUGAAAGUUUUCUUACCCAUAGCCCCUUUUUUCAAAAAUUUUUGAACAUUAAAUCAUUGUGAAUUAACCUUCCUACUGUGUUAGCUUUUACUAUGCACCCACUUUGUUAAGGGUUGGUUUCAACCUGUGUCUUAAAGGUGGGGUAGUCAGGAUCUGAGGAAGUUCCAGUUUUUAGGACAAAUCUUGAAUGUAAACUCUACCCCUCCCAACCAGUUUUCCCCUCAGCUCCUCCCCUCCCUCUCUUAAGCCCCACCCACAAACAGACACUCCUGCUCGCUCGUAUCUUCCGAAUUAAAUUCAGAUAUAAUACAGAUAAAUACUUCAGAUAAUUACAAAUGGGGCCCAGUCAACGUGAAAGUAAAAAGCAUUGGUGCUACUGUAGAUGUCAACUGACACUUGGGUUAUGCAACAGGACAACGACCCAAAACACACGAGCAAGUCCACCUCUGAAUGGCUUAAAAAGAACAAAAUUAAGGUUUUGAAGUGGCCAAGUCAUAGUUUGAACUUAAAGCCAAUUGAAAUGCUAUGGUGUGACCGUAAAUGAGUUGAUGCUGAAAACUGUCCAGUGUGGGUGAGUUAAAAAAAAUUCUGCGCACAACCGUGGGCCAAAAUGUGAUGUGAAAGACUCAUCAGCCCUUAUCACAAGUGUUUGAUUACAGUUAUUGCUGCCAAAGGUGGCACAACCAGUUGUUAGGUCCAGGGGGCAAUUACUUUUCACAUAAGGUCAUGUAAGUAUGGAGAGCUUAAAUCAUCAUUUAAAAACUGCAUUGUGCAUUUUAGGCUAACCUUAUUAAGCUUGUUAACCUUAUUAACCAUUUUAAAGCUAACCUUAUUAAGGUCAUCUUUGUCUGAUUUUAAAAUUUGUGUGAGGAUCUGAAACAUUUAAGUGUGACAAAUAUGCAAAAGAUAAGAAACCAGAAAGGGGGCAAAUACUUUUUCACAGCACUGUAAAUUGGUUCUCAUCUCUAGGUUACCUUGUUCGGCCUCAUUAUCCAUAAAAAUAUGGAUUAUAAUAUGUUUUGUUGUAGUCCUCUGGGCCUUUGUUUGUCAGUAUACCCCUCAUACAGACUUCUAUACUGAAUUGAUCUCACAUGUCUCUAAUUAGGCUAUGUUCACACUGCAGGUCAAUUCCGAUUUUUUUAACCAUAUGUGACACAUAUCAGAUUUUUUCAUGUGUGAACAGUGCGAUUCAGAUUUUUUCCAAAUCUGACCAAGGCCUCUUCUGUAUGUGUAUAUAAAGCGUAUAUGUAUCCGAUGUGACUGCAGUGUGGACGUUCAGGUCGUGUUCAUCCGACCUAUAAGUCAUCAAUAUGCAACAAACGUCACCAUUGUUCGACAACACAAACAGGCGCGGAAAGCAAUUUGUACUUUGUGCGCAUGCGGGUCAAUUCACGGACGCAUUCCAUUCACAUUAGAUGCUGCAUUCAUUGUUGUAAUGUGAACGACCGCACAAAAAGAUCAGAUUUAACGAAAAAUCCGAAUUGUGCAUCAUUACUUACAGUGUGAACGUAGCCUUAUAUAGUCCAUGGACCCGACAAAUAUUUGGUACACUUCAGGGUGGCAAAGGUCCAUUAAGGGGUAAUUAACUUCAUUAGCUGAUAACCAAUAUUUAGCGGUGCACCUGGAAAGGUUAUCAUACAAAAAUAUAAUCUACAGACGUGUCUUUUCCUCCUCCUCUUUUUCGCCCCGCGGAAAAAUCGCAGCUGGUGUGGAAGCUUGCAUUGACUUUAUGCUGUUUUAAAAAAAGACGAAUAAAGGCGAAUAAUUUGCCUGGCGAAUUCGCGCCUGGUGUGUAAGAACUCUCAGCUAUAUUUAGCUAUUUUUGGUCUGACUUUUUUUUUUGUAAAAAUCUAUGAAACAACUCGAUCCUUUCAAGCACAGCAAAUAUAUACACAUCUUUUUUUUUUUCAGGACAACCUCAGCUGUCAGUUUAUGGAUGCAAAAAUGAUGUAAAAUGAAUGUGACAGUAGAUUCAGGACCAUCAAAGUCAAACAGAAAUUGAUCCCAACAGUAUUUUGCUCAAAAAACUCAUACAUCUACAGUGACCAAGCCUUUUCUUAUCUGAACAUCAUUCUCUCAAGUCUUGGCUAUCAGAAGAAGAAAUAUUAGGAUUGGAACAAACACACAACAGAACCUAUUGGCAUAGUUACACUAAUUCGUCCAGGUGUUUUUUUUUUUUUUUUUACUAUUUACAGUUUUUUAUGCCGCUCCUUGAAGCAGUUCCUGUCUGGAAUGAAAGAGGACCACAUCAUACUGCUCAUAAUCUCUUCUUUGCUUGUUUCCAAACAUUGAGGACCAUUAUUUCUUAUUUUGCAGACAAGCAGGGAACUUUCUUGUCUCUUGUUGAUCUUUGGUUGCCUCUUAUUGGACAUUACCAUCAAGGGAACAAUAGAAAAAGAAUAUGAGACCAUGUAAUUGGUCGAAAGUUUUUACAGAAAAGGAUGUCAUCAAGGCAGCUUGUUAAAUUAUAAAACGUCUCUGAUCAAACAACUUUUUUGUGGCCGGAUUGUAAACCUUGUGGCAGGUGUAGAAGUGUCUGGAAACCCUCCAUAGAUCGCUAAAAGGGUAAGCUUUUGAACACUUUUUAUCCCAUAGGUAUAGUUCCUAAGAAACUGUAAACUAUAUUACUGGUGUCACGUGGGAUCGCUGGCAUUUAAGUGUUCUUGAAUGUUUGAAGUGGAGUGUGGGGUUAGGGUGUAGUUCCUUUUUCCUCCAGUAGGUGUCAUAGACAGCCUUUUCAUGAUCUUGCCAGUGGCGCAGAGUUAAAGCUCUCUGUGCAGGCUUCCUUAUUAAAUCUGCUGUUU